AUGGCCCAAGUCUCCCAGGAGGACAGGGAGAAGACUACUGCCCUCAAAGAUUUGCUUUCAAGAAUAGACUUGGAUGAGCUGAUGAAGAAAGAUGAGCCACCGUUUACUUUUCCCAAAACACUGGAAGAAUUUGAGUACGCCUUCAAUGAAAAUGGUCAGCUGAGGAAUAUAAGGACUGGUGAACCUUACGUAUUCAACGCCAGAGAGGACCUCCACCGGUGGAACCAAAAACGCUAUGAAGCCCUUGGAGAGAUUAUCACUCAGCAUGUUUAUGAGCUGCUGGAAACACAGUGCAACAUGCGAAGAAUUUACAUACCUAUCGAUGCAAAAGAGGAAGAGCCCACCAGUUUUAUCUAUGUGACGAAUGAUGCCUUAUCAAACCCGUCCAAGCUGCUGGUGCUGAUUCAGGGCAGUGGUGUGGUGCGGGCCGGACAGUGGGCCCGCAGACUGAUCAUCAACCAGGACCUGGACUCAGGAACACAGAUCCCCUUCAUCACCAGAGCCAUACAGGAAGGCUUUGGCGUAAUGGUGUUAAACCCGAACGAAAACUACCUUGAAAAGGAGAAGCCAGAAACAUCUUCCCCUGUUGGCUUGGCGGACGAACUACUGGAUGAGCCAGUCGAAAAGAAAGAACGCAAAGACGACAAAGAAAACAGCAAGAAAAAGGAAUUUUACGAGAAGUAUCGCAACCCACAGAAGGAGGCUGAGACAGAACGCAUCCCUGUAAGAGAUAACGGCUCUUCUGAAGACCAUGUGCUCUAUGUGUGGGACCACUUUGUGUCCGGAGCUGCAGCCAAGAAUGUCUUCAUCAUUGCCCACAGCUAUGGAGGCCUUUCAUUCGUUGAGCUGAUGAACCAGAGAGAAAUAGAAGUGAAGAACAAAGUGUGUGCUGUGGCCCUGACUGACUCUGCGCAUAACAUCUGGUUACAAGAAACCACUAAAGCCACACAGGACUGGAUGCAGCAGACCUGCUGUAACUGGGUGUCAAGUCCGGAACCGUUGGACACGCCUUUGGAUUCCAUGCUGCCAGACUGCCCCAGGGUCUCUGCAGGCACAGAGAAGCACGAACUGACUUCUUGGACAAGUUUUGCCUCCAUCUUUCGCUUCUUCAGUGAAGUCCUGGAGGCGCUGGAGUACGAAGAGUCGCAGGAGACCUCCAACAUUGUUACCACCCGCAGUGGCACCCACAAAAGCAAACACCAGGAUUUAUAG